AUGUCUUUAUGCACUGAUAAUCACGAGCCACCAUAUGUACUCCGACAAAGAACGGAUUCGAUGGCCUUGCCCGUCCGCAAGCGCAUCAUCAUCUGCUGCGACGGAACAUGGCAAUCCGCCGUCUCAGGGGAGAAAAACGUCCCAUCUAACGUAACACGUCUGUGCCGCGCUCUCAACAGUGUCGGAACCGACGAAGAAGGAGAUAAAUGGCAGCAAAUAGUCUGGUAUGAUUCCGGAAUCGGCACAACCUCAGGUCCUUUGGGCAAAAGUAUCGAAGGCGCCACUGGUCUAGGUCUGGAAGGCAAUGUCGUCGAAGCGUAUAACUUCUGUGUCCUGAACUACAGACCCGGCGAUCAGAUUAUGUGCUUUGGUUUCUCGAGAGGUGCAUUUACAGCCCGUGCUAUUGCCGGUUUGAUCUCGGAUAUUGGGAUUUGCCGGAAACAGGAUUUGAACCGGUUUCCCGAUCUCUGGAAGGUCUAUAAGAAAAAUAAGCCCGGCGAGCGGUUCUAUUGCAGCGACCUCUGGUUCGAGUGGAUGGAAGGAAAGGCGGAUGAGAAGCAGGGCGCUCGGGGUGAGAGUUUUGUUUUUGAAAAGCGGCCCCAGGGCGAUUGGGCUCAGGAGGGAUCGAGGGAUGUGGAGGUUGUUGGCGUCUUUGAUACUGUUGGCGCUAUUGGAAUGCCGGAGGUGUUAGGGGUGAAGCUGCCAUCGUGGCUCUUGUGGUGGUCGCCCCAUAGGGAUGGGUGGGAAAAUGUUGGACUUUCACCUAAUGUCAAACAUGCAUUCCAGGCUUUGGCUCUCGAUGAACACCGCAACGCAUUUUCGCCUACUCUGUGGUAUCUUCACAAAUUUCAAAAUGUCACUUCAGAGCAGAUACAAGUUCAGAAGGGUAUAGUGGAUCAGAAAGCUCAGGAAUGGGAUGACAUCUUACAAGACGCAAUCAGCCUCAAGGGUAGCGGCAGGGCUAGUGAUGAGGAUGUCAAUAACGCAGCGCGAAAGUUAAAUGAGACUGCCAGAGACUUGAACAAGGAGACCCGAAAGCUCAUUAAGUUGGAAGAUGACUACAAGCACCAGAAGCACCCUCGAACAUUGAAACAAGUGUGGUUCCCCGGUUAUCAUAUUAACAUCGGCGGAGGCUCGAGUGAAACACUCCAAGAUGAGGGUAACAUGGAAGAAAUGUCUCAUAUCACCUUCUGCUGGAUGCUGGACCAGAUCAAACCCUACCUCUCGCUCAACGAGGAGUCUAUCUCCGAGGAAAGAGAAGAGAGUGAAUACCACAUGUCAACGCUCAUCGAAAACACAGAGGUCCUGGGUUGGGCUAAAAGCAAAGCAGCAGCCAUAGCGUCAGCUUUCAAACGUACCUCCACCGCAUCCGUCAAGUCCGUGGAGAAGAGACGCAGUUAUGGCUGGGGAACAGGCCCACUGGAAGACAGCUUUACAGCAUUUUACUACCUUAACGGGUCGAAGAGGCGCACACCUGGAAGCUAUGAUCGUUUCGACAAAGCCGGAAAUCUACUGGGCGAGAGCUUUGAGUUUAUUCACCCAGUGGUGGGAUUCAGGGAACAGCAAAUCAAGGAUUACACGCCAAUUGGACGCGGUGUUAAGUUUGAGCGUCGGAAGGUGGUUGAUGAGAAUGGCCGUCCUGGUUAUGUCUAUGACCUGGGAAAUUCGCGCAAGCCCUUGCCCGAGUGGCGUCUAGGAGGACUUGACUCUUAUGAGAGGUUGGCCAUCACCGGCGAGGCUGCAUACGAUUAUGUCGACGAACUAGAUAUAUAUUUGAAGACCGGGAUUAAGACACCCCGCCGGUCUAUCUGGGGAGCUCGAGGUAUUAAGCUUGGGAUCGAAGUACCCCAAGUCACUGAACCCCAAGUCAUCGAACCCGAAGAUACUAAGGUCAAAGCUAGAGACUUGCAACCUGAGUUCAGAUUGGAGAAAUCUCAACAGAGAAGUGUACAAUUGACGGGCUUUGGGACUAAAGGGAUGCAAUUGAGGAGCUCAGAAAUUUCAUACGCUGAGGAGACAAUAGUCACUGUUUCGUGA